AUGGCUUCCACAUCCAAGGUGACGCUGUCCGCCUCGGACCGGUCGACGAUCCAGCAGGUCGCAUCCAUGUCGAUCGAUGCAGGCGUUCUCACACAAACGACAGCGGAGCUGGAGAAGCUCGUUCAGCCGAUCGUUGUGCCCACGAGCUCGCCCAGGGCCAAGUUCCAGAACUGGGGGAAAUCCUUCGUCGCGAUCCCUGCCAAAGUGUUCGCUCCCACAACAGUGACGCACUGUGCUGCCAUCGUCGAGCUGGCUCGUCGUCAAGGCCAUCAGCUCCGUGCUAUCGGACGAGCGCAUAGUCCCAGCGAUCUGCCUUUCACAACUGGCUGGGCCAUGCGAAUGGAAGGACUAAACGGCGUCGUCAACAUCAACCACCCCGAGCAUACCAUCACGGCCCUGGCAGGCACAUACAUCUCCGACAUCCACGAUGCACUGGACGCAGCUCAGCCUCGACUGGCAAUGUGCAAUGUCGGCUCCAUCUCGGAACAGACCAUCGCUGGCCUCAUCUCGACCGCCACGCACGGCACCGGUGUCAGGUUCCCCGUCGUUUCGUCCUACGUCUCGCAGCUGACCAUCUUGUGUCCGCUGCCAGAAGGCACGCAACAUCUCACGUGCAGCCGCGAGCAGCACUCGGAUCUCUUCAACGCAACCCUCUGCGGUCUUGGCUCGACCGGCCUCAUCACGUCGGUGACGCUCCGCGUACAGGACGCGUUCAACCUCAAGCAGUACUCGGAAGAGCUCACCUUUGACUCGAUCUUUGGCGCCAAGACCGGCUUCCCAGCCGUGCCGAGCAGCUCUCGUACAAAUCCAGGCGCUUCCAUCGGCGGUCUCCUCAGCAAGAGCAAGCGUCUGCCACCAUGUCCGGAUCAGUACCGUCCAUCGUACCGCUCAGCGCAUCCGUCCGAGAUUCACCCCAUUCAGCCCAACGCCAACCGGGAUGUAGACCAGCUCGCUCGAGCGGAUCCCGAAGACGACGAGGAGACAAGGCAAGCUCAGCUCGCACUGGAGCAGGUGGCAUCCUCGGCUCAGCACGUGAGGCUCAUGUGGUUCCCUCAGGUCAAGCGCAUCACCAUGCUGCGCGCCAACCGAACGACAGAAGCGGUCUCGGCCCCUCCGUCGCUGAAACAGCGCGUCAAAGCUUCGCUCGUCGGCCAUCGCCUCACCGAGUUCCUGCUUUACACGUCGAGAUUCAACCGGCAAUGGUCGCCUUUGGCCGUACGAUGGAUUCACGCUCUGACGCAUCCAGCAUUCCCAGCCACGGACGACUCAGCCUCGGCUUCCAGGAAGAUUGCAGCGACGACAGAGGCUCCUGCUGCGGAGCCACAGGCUAUUGUAGGACUUGCCUCCGACAAUAAAGGCACUCGCGAUGAGCAGCAGCAACGACUCAUUCAGGACAUCGGUCAGUCGUUUGCCCACAGCGGAGGUGUCGGUGCCUCGACGGAAGGCGAGCCCUCCUUGUCGUGGCUACAGAGCAGCAUCCCGGCCGGCGACUUUAACGCCUUUGCCAAAGACUCGCCUGCACCACAACCACUUUCGCCUGCCAACCCGGUAUGGUCCGAAGUAGGUCGCUCCGAUCGCAUCUUCAACAUGGACUGCCUCUUCCCGCAGUACACGGACGAGUGGGCCAUCCCGCUCAACCGGGCCGCCGCAGCGAUCCGAGCGAUGCGCGACUGGCUCGACGAAGAAGAAGCCGCCUCGGACGGCGACCGCAUCCACUUCCCCAUCGAGAUCCGCUUCACCGACGCCGACAGCAUCUGGCUCAGCCACUCGCAGGGUCGCAAGACGUGCUACAUCGGCAUCGUCCAGUAUCGACCGUACAACCGACCCGUGCGCUACCGUCAGCUGUUUGCCAAGUUUGAGAUGCUCAUGCGUCACUAUUCGGGGAGGCCGCAUUGGGCCAAGGCGCACUCGUGCUCGCCCACCGAGCUCUCGCAGCUGUAUCCGCACUGGAACGACUUCCUCGCCACCAGGCAGAGGUACGAUCCGGAUGAGGUGUUUGUCAACCCGUAUGUGGGGAGGCACCUGCUGGGUAGGAUCGGCGAUGGUGCCGAGACGCGCGUCUUCAAGAGUCGACUGUAG